UUCCAUUCAUGAAUGCAUGGCCUGCGUCGGAGGCUUCACCCCGUGUCCUACUACCACGUGUGCUACGCUGAUCUUACUGCUGCAGUCUUAGGAGUGAUUUACGUGUACACCGUAAGCGUACAACACUUGGUUUUUCUCUGCUUGCGCGCCGUUGCCCCCGUUGCACGGCUGAGACAAGAAUGGCACGUCAACAGAGGCGCGCAUUCGCCAACCCUUCGACUACAGAUCAUGCACAGGACUUGCUGAGAAUACACCCCCUAGUCUGCAUCAAGUGAUUUCAACGAUUCUUGCUUUUUCCCUUGUCUAUUACCCAACUAGGCAGGUUGCGCAAAGGUCAUGGAUGACGGCGGGCUCAGAGCAAAAGAAAUGCCGGGCCGUUGUCGUAGCAUUGGUGCGUAACCGCCGAGGGCAUGCCGCGUCGACGUACGUGGCGGCACGCUGCGACAACUUGAUUCGUGGCGUAACAUUUCGAAUGGGAGUUUUCCCUCUACGUGCCGCUCGAUUCUGGUGUAAGUCGUGAUU